GAACCUCCUAUAGAAGGCACUUUGAAAAAUCAUAAACCAGCCCACAUACCAGAACUCUUCCCAACCCUCUGCCUAUCUAUGCGAGACAAGAAGAAGCUUUACAUUCCAGUGUGAGAACUUAGCCCCGUGAUUUCCAAUUCUGCACAAGUCAUGACUCCAGCAAGAAGUCACCACACACUGAUUGGCACUACGCUUGGCUCUGUGCUCCUGUUUGGGUUCUUCCUUCCCUCCAGUCCUGCAGAUUCCACAUCAUACAGUCCAGAUCUAUUUGUUUUAGAAAGCAGAGAGAACCAUUUGUGCAUUUCGGUCAACAAAACCGGCUUAUUUCUGUCAAGCUGUGAGCCCUUUAAUAAUGAUACACUAUGGAAGUGGGGUACAGGACAGCGGCUGUACAACUUGGGACGCAGGAAGUGCCUUGGACUGGACCUCCAAUAUCCCGCAGAACCCCUAGCAAUGGUUGAAUGCGAUUCCGACCAGCACACCCUGAGCUGGCAGUGCAACAACGGCCUUCUGAUUGGUGUCAACAAUUACAAGCUUGCUGCUGUUGGAGAAAAAGUGAUUGCCAGCAAACAAUUAUUACAUAAAUGGAGAGGUUAUGGAUCUUUUCGUGACAAUUUAUGCGACUACAAUUUCCAAGAAAUCUUUACUCUUAAUGGGAAUUCCAGGGGAAAACCUUGUGUAUUUCCAUUUAAAUUCCAAAACAGCUGGUUCCAUGAAUGUACUACCAUUGGAAAAUCUGAAGGAAUGCAAUUUUGUGCCACCACUGUGUCCUUUGACAAGCACAAACUAUGGGGAUACUGUCCCACAUAUGGCGAUGGCUGUGGUUUGUUAUGGGAGGAAAACACUGUCACACAUUCUUGCUACCAAUUCAAUCUCGAGUCUUCUCUCUCCUGGAAUCAAGCCCGAGACUCUUGUCAAGCUCAAGGUGGAGAUCUGCUAAGCAUCACAAAUCUUGCUGAACAUGAGUAUAUUUCCAAGAGACUGGUUUAUACUGGGAUUGUGUUAUGGACUGGGCUCAAUCAGCUGGAUACCACUUCUGGGUGGCAGUGGUCGGAUGGCUCCCCCUUUGCUUUUGUCAACUGGAGAUCAAAUUUUAAACCCUAUUCGACUGGGAAGAAACAAUGUGGAGUCCUUGACACAACAUCAAACAACACCUGGUACAGCUUAGCUUCGGAAGUCCGAUUGCCAUAUGCCUGUAAGAAGUAUCUUACUCCAAGACAACAUGACAUCUUUGAAAACUGGAAAUAUUACCCAACGGUGUGUGAAGAUCAUUGGCUACCAUACAACCGCUACUGCUACAAGCUGCAGAAAGAGAAGCUGAACUGGUCCCAGGCAUCUGCUGCCUGUGCCACCAAUGGAGGGGAAUUAAUGAAAGUCACGUCACUGGCACACACAGAGUUUCUGCUGCAUCUUCUCCAACAUGAGAAAGUGACCGAGGCCUGGAUAGGAAUGACCAGCAAACAUAAGGACCCCGUUAUCUUUCAAUGGUGGGACGGCUCAGCAGUGACCUUCACCAGUUGGCAGAGGCAGGAACCCAACAUCAGCCAAGAGGACAGUGACCUGUGUGUGUCCACACAAACAUCUGAUGGAAACUGGAAAGUAAAACCUUGCCAUUUAGAACUUCUCUCCGUCUGUAAGAAGCCUGGACUAAAUGUUACCGCAGAUGUUGCUGAAGAGACCUGUGAAGAGCCCUUCGAGAGAUACAGAGGUUACUGCUAUGGAAUUGAUGUUCUAACAUUACCUUAUAAAGACGCUGGAAGUGAUCCUUACUGCCCUCUAGCGACCAUAACUGACAGGUUUGAACAAGCUUUUGUUAACAGCUGGAUAUUCAGCAGAAUAAUACCUGGGGAUUAUUACUUUUGGAUUGCUUUACAAGAUACCAAUGGCACUGGAGAGUAUGCCUGGACAGCAGAUGGCACAAGGCAAACCCGCUUGUCCUUCACAAACUGGAACGUGGGACAACCCAGUCGCAAUGGAGGGUGUGUCGUUAUGACCAGACCACAUCUUGGCCAUUGGGAAGUGAAGGACUGUGAGAGUUUCCUUGCAAUGUCAUUGUGUAAGAAGCCUCUAACCACAACUGUAGAGGAGGAAGACUUGGAUACACCAACAAUAGACAAGGAGCAGCAAUGUCCUCUAUCAUGGGACUCGGAACCACAGCUGGAGCACUGCUAUAAGGUCUUCCACCAUGAGAAAAUGCUAAGAAACAGGACCUGGAAGGAAGCGGAGAACUUGUGUCAAGAUUUUGGUGCUCAUCUUGUCAGCUUUUCACAUUUAAACGAAGAGAAGUUUCUUACAGAGCUUUUAAGCAGCAUGUUUAAUCGAGAUGAUCAUAGACAAUUCUGGAUUGGAUUCAGUAACAGUAAUCCAUCUUCCGAAGGGUCCUGGGAGUGGUCAGAUGGAACUCCGGUUGUAUCUGCAUAUUGGGAAGAUAUAUAUUCUAGUGGGAAAUCUGAGCGCUGUGCCGCUUUUAAUGCAAAUAAGACAUUCAUUUCAUUAGAUUGUGAGGAGAAGCUGGAAUGGAUCUGCAAAUUUCCAAAAGGGGUCAAACCAAAGUUUCCAGACUGGCAUGUUGUUGAAAUUCCAUUUGUUUUUUAUCAAGGAAUAAAUUACUUGUUCUAUAAAGCAAAUGCUGACUUUGCUGCAUUUGAAUUUGUAUGUGCCUGGAUAGGAAGUUACAUGGCCACCAUACAUUCUGAGGCUGAACAAGAAUUCAUCCACAGAAGGAUUAAAAAGAUGUCAAACAAGAAUGAAAAAUGGUGGCUUGGUCUCGUUUACGAAAACCCACAUGAUGGCUUUGGAAGAUGGAAGGACGGAUCACCUGUUAUCUACAAGAACUGGGAAAAGGAGCCAGAGAGCCACGAUUUAUCCAAUAGAGGACAGCAGUGUGCCUAUAUCAUGACAGACACAGGCCUCUGGGGUUUUUCAGACUGUUUUGCAAUGAAUUCGGGAAUCUGUAAAACAAGCUUAAUGCACAGAAUAGAAAAAGAUAAAAUACCCAAGGAUGACAAGCAGAAACAUGGAACGUGCCCUGUGGAUUGGCUGUACUACGGAUAUAAGUGUUACCUUGUAAACAAAAAUGAAGAUGGAAAAAUACUGGAUUGGCAUUCUGCUGCUAAGAAUUGCAAAAAUGAUGGCGGUCAAUUGUUUACCAUUUCCAAUCAUCUCGAACAAGCAUUUAUAGUUAUGCAGCUGUUUAAACAGAAGAACAGUUUUUGGAUUGGACUCAGCAGAGAUGAUUAUGAUGUAUGGGAAAAUGGCACAUCAGACAGAUACACAAACUGGUUUCCAAUUAAAACAAACCAUGGUUCAGAAAUCAUUCAGGAUCACCAAUGUGCCGCAAUAUCUGCCGAUCACAACAUUUUUCCUGUAGGGAAAUGGCAUCUUGAAAACUGUGGCCAUGAAGGCUAUGGAUUCAUUUGUGAGAAAGCACAAGAUGUUUCCGGUCACAUUGUAAAUGGUUCCGACAUGUUCCCAAUACCGGACCUAUUGCCAUAUGGACAUAAAUUGUACAGAGUAAUAUCUGGAAACAUGACCUGGUAUGACGCCUCCUUUGCUUGCAAGGGAUACGGGGCUGAUUUGGUUACCAUUACUGACGAGUAUCAUCAAGCCUUUGCCACUGUCAUUGUCCACCGCAAAGGUUAUUCCCACUGGAUUGGAUUAUAUAAAGAAAUGAGAGAAGAAGCAUUUGAAUGGGCAGAUGGUUCUAUUUCUUGGUUUACAUCAUGGGCAGAUGAGUCACCAUCAGAAGAUGGGAACUGUGCAUAUAUCGACACCGAUGGACUUUGGAGAGCUGUGGACUGUAAUGUGCAACUGCAAGGUGCCAUGUGUCUUGUCAGCACGGACAACAGAACAACGGGAUUUAAUGGCAGCUGUCCAGAAGAUUGGAUACAGUUCCAAGAAUUUUGCUACACAUUUUCAGGUGUUUUAAACAACACAGAUUACUACACCUCUGAGGAGAUCUGCCAGCAGCAAGAUUCUACAAUCCUGAGUCUAAUGCAUGAAGAGGAAGAUGUAUUUCUUCAGAAAUUACUCACUUCCUUUACCGUACAAGACAUAUGGUUAAACAGAAUAACGUCUAGCAACGACGGUACAGAACAUUGGUCAAAUGGCACAACAUUAAAUUACACCAAUUGGAAUAACGAGAUAUCAUAUUACAAAGCCUUGAUUGGCGGUAUGUGUGUCACGCGUUUGACGGUUGAUGGUACUUGGGUGCCGACAGAGUGCUCUGAAAGAAGAGGAUUUAUAUGUAAGAAAAGCACAAGUAUCAAAAAAUUGGAAGAAAAUCUUGCAGAAUUACCCGGAACAAGUCAUGUUGUGAUUCCAGUUGCGGUUAUAAUGACCCUGGUACUGUCAAGUCUUUUCAUACUUGCAUUGUAUCUGUUCAAGAAGAAAAGAUGCCAUGUAGACUCCGGCUUGCAGGGCCUGAUAUGCAUGCAGUCUGGCGCAGAGGGAAGUAAUGUGGAAGAAUCUAUAUUGAUUACAGAACUGGAGGAUGAAGGAAACAGAUAGCAGUGUUUCGUUAUGAUGAACACAAGAUUAAAGGGAUCAAUGUGAGCUUGAAGACUUGUUACAAUGUGGCACUGGAAUGUAGAUACGCUUUCUAUGCUUUUUUAAACGUACAGAAAAACACCUCGUUAACAAACCCAUCAUCCUGGAAAAUCAAGCAAGUUUGCAAAAACAAAAACCUUUCACCUUUUUUUCUUACUCCCUCUGUCCCCUGAGAGCAUUGCCUUAGACUUGCCCCCCCAGUUUUCUGCAGAAAUUAGCAACAUUGAAGAAAUACUGAGGAUAACCGACAUAACAGAACAAUGAAACUGAAGGCAGUUUGGCUGUCUCUCACCUUAGGAUUUCUUUCUGUUCAACCAUUCAGCACCAAAACACUGCUAUUUCUAAGGACAUUUUGGAUUUUGAAAAUGGUGGUUUGGGGACUGUGAUGCCUUGUACACACGACCGGUUUUCACAACGAGAAAACUGC